CACUCCAAGCCAGUUCUGGUCACAGCCUGCCCCAAGUCAUCACCGAGGCUCAUGGGAACAAGUGGUCCCCAAGUAUCCUGUACCAUGCUCCUCUCCUUCCAACUCUUCCCACUGACCAGGCAACUGUUGUGUAAUGAUCCUAGGGAUUUAGCUUUGGAGGUAGAAGGCAUCAGGCCGAUUCCCUCACUCGGCAGCUAGGUGGAGGGAGUCAGGAAGGCCAAUACAGCCCCAGGACCAUCUGAGACGCGUGACCCUUGACAAAUCACCUGGUUUUUCUCAGCCUCUGGUUCCUCAUCUAUAAAAAGGGGAUAAUCACAGCCCUCAUGCUUUUAUGAGGAUCAAAUGAAACAAUGUAAAGUGCUUUGUGAACCAUCAAACUGCUGGCCUUUGGGACCAUGGCACCACCAAUCUGGGCCCUUCUGCUUCUGGGCCUGUCUGUCCUGCCUAGAUCCUGUUUAUCGGAGUCAGUCCAUGAUGUCUUUGUGGAGGGGCAGAAACAGGAGAAAGUACCCCUGCUUCUCCUCCUCAAGUCAGGCAAUCAGGAUUCAGAGAGGACACCAGAGGGUCUCACAGGGCCAUCAGCAAACCCUGGGGCUUUGAACUUUCCCCCUGACACGGAGGAGCAUCCCAGGAAAGUAGAUUCCUUCAUCUCUGGGGCUCCAAUGGAGCUGGACAGCUGCUUGGAGCCCACAGGGGAAGCCGGGCAGAGAGAGGAGGCCGGCUGCACGGAGUCCCCCUCAGCAGAGCAGACCCAUAAACUGGCCGACGCCAUGAUGGAGUUCACUUUAGACUUGUUUGCUAAAGUCCUGCAGGAAUCCACGAGCCCCAAUGUGGUCUUAUCGCCCCUCAGUGUUGCUCUAGCAUUGUAUCAUCUUGAACUAGGAGCCAGGACUAAGACGGUCCAGCAGCUGCAAAAGGUCCUGCGUGUGGAAUCUCUGAACUGCCUGCACCAUACACUUAGUGGUGUCCGCCGGGAGCUGAGCCGCACUGCCCUACAGAUGGUGGCCAGGAUGUAUGUGGAAAAAGGCUUCCCAAUCAAACAAGAAUUCGUGGAGCAGUCAGAGAGAUUUUUUGGUGCAAAGCCUGCCAUCCUAAAAGGGAAUGAGGGGGAUGACCUUCAGAUCAUCAACCAAUGGGUGAAGGAGGCCACAAAGGGGAAGAUCGAGAACUUUCUGUCGCAGCUCCCGGAGAACACAGUGAUGCUACUCCUUAAUGCCAUGUAUUUUCAGGGUUUCUGGAAGACCAAGUUUGAUCCCAGUCUGACAAAGACUGAUGUUUUUCACCUGGAUGAGAAGUAUGUAGUCCCUGUGGUAAUGAUGAAGGCCAAUAAAUACCCUCUGCGUUGGUUCUUGCUGGAACAGGCAGAUGUACAGGUGGCUCAAUUCCCUUUCAAAAACAACAUGAGCUUUGUGGCCGUGGUGCCCAGCCAGUUUGAGUGGAAUGCCUCCCAGGUGCUGGGCAACCUGAGCGGGGCUGCCCUGUACCAGCCCUUCCUCAAGGAGAGGCCCACCGAGGUGAUGAUACCCAAACUGCACCUGGACCACCAGAUGGAUCUGGUCUCAAUCCUUGGCCAGUUGGGCCUCCAAGAGCUGUUCCAUGCCCCAGACCUGAGUGGAAUCUCAGAGAAGAAUCUGGUGGUGUCCAGUGUCCAGCAUCAGGCCACCCUCGAGCUGGACGAGGCUGGUGUGGAGGCAUCUGCUGCCACCAGCGUGGUCAUGUCCCGCAUGUCCCUCUUCUCUGUCAACAUGAACCGGCCCUUCCUCUUUUUCAUCUUUGAUGAUGUCACCCACCUUCCACUCUUUGUGGGCAGCGUCAAAAACCCCAACCCCAGUGGGCAGAAAGAGAUCAAGGAACAGCGUGAUGCCCCCGACAAUAAGGAUUUCUUCCCAGGACUGAAAUACUUCUCUGUGAAAGACAAGUUCUUUGGCACCAACUUGAAAUUCUCUCCCCCCAAGGAGGAAGAGGACUACCCCGAAGUCCAGAACCCCAAGUGAAGGCAGAUGGGGUUGUGACAGCAUCCUGUGCCCUCCAGUCCAACCUGAAUGUCCCCUCUGAGGUUGGAAUUGGGACAGGGACUCUGACCUCUUGUGACUGUUUCUGACCAGUCUGCCAAUAUGGGAUGAGGCACUGGUGCCAGGGGAGGGGUAUGGGAUCAAGACUAGAGAUUGAUUGGGACAGGGGAGGAGAGGAUAAGAAGAUCCCAUUCCCCUCCCUUCUCCUUGGGAUAAUGAUGGGACUGGGGUGGGAGGGCAGCAAGGGGGAGGGCAUUAAGGAAAUGUAGGCUAUCAGGGGUGGGAGGGAUGGGCCACUUUAUCCUCCUGUGUUAGACAUUGCCAAAGAGUUGGAAGGAUUUCUCUUUUUGGGGGCUUGGGAUCUGCACACUCAUUGUCAAUGACAAAGGUCAUUCACAAAAGAAAUUGCAGCACUUCAUAGUUUGUUUACAGUUAUUCUGGUGGAGAGGGUAGGGGUACAGUGGUGGAAGGUGAGGGAGGGAGCAAAAACUGCUUGGUGCCCCUUCUGGUAGUAGAGGACUGGGACAAACCCACCAGUGUUGGUGGAACACAGUUACCUUACUCUAAGGAAAGGGUUGGCUAUUGGCAGGGGCAGUGGGAGCAAAAAAGAUGGCAACUGGCUUAUUAAAAUCACAGAUCCUGGAUUUGUAGCUGGAAGGGACCUAAGAGCUAAACCUCCCCUCAUUUUAUACAUGAAGAAACAGGUCCCACGGGACAGACUUGGCCAAAGCCACAAUAGCUAUUAGACCUCUGGUUUCAGGACCCCAUACCAUUGGUGGCAUCUGACUGGGAUUUGGUCCUGGCUCUUCUUUGUGACUUUGGGCAGGUAAAAUGAAGAGGGGUGAACUAGAUAAUCCCUAAGGUCCCAUCUUGCUCUAAUGUUCCUAGAGUUGAUGGCAACAUCAAGGUGAAAUACCAAAAGGGAGACCCUCAUUGACCUCAUGCCAUGUUCUCCCUAUCCCACAGCAACCCAGGCUUGACCCCUCCCCCUCCCCUUACCUCACCUCCAACUAUCCCCGAGGAUCCAAAAGUCACCAGAUUGGCUCUCCUUCUCUCCUCUGAGUACCACUUGUAGUGGGCAGGGAGGGUGGCUGGAGGCUUGUUUUGUAAAGUUUUUCUAGUGAUUUUUAUGUCAUCUGAAUAAUAAAGAAUGAAUUGGCCAA